AUGUUCUCUGUGUACUCUGUUGUCUUCACGCUUGUGCUGUUUUCCGAGUUUGGCGGCCAGGCGGUUAGCCUGGCGCUACCAGCGAGCAACGCAGAGGACGUGAUGAUGGACCAAGAGAGCUGGGGUUCCCUCCAGGGUGAGGAAGACAUGGCCGAGCCCGCCGUCCCCAUCCCUUUGAAUAAACAACCAACCAUCCUGGACAGCAAACCCGAGGAAGAAGGCGGCAACCCCAGGAUCAUCCUCCUUUCAGACGUUUGGUUGGGAGGUCAUAGGCGACGUGGCGUGAAACCAGCCUACGUCCGGAGCCUUCCUCUACUCCCGGGCUCGGCUCACCCUCCUGCAGACCACCUUUUGGAAACGGAGCGCAGACAGACCGACACUAAUGUGCUCCGCUGUAUGAUAGGAAGAGUUUACCGACCCUGCUGGCGAUCAUAA